AUGCCGCCCAUUACCUUUUCGGAUGAAGAUUUUCACGCGCCCGACCCUGACCAGGACGACCCUAUGGUCAUAACCGCGGAGAUAGCGCGCUACGGAGUCAGCAAAGUUCUGGUCGACCAGGGGAGUUUGGUCAACAUCCUCUACUGGAAGACCUUCCUGCAAAUGGACAUCUCAGAGGAACUUAUCGUCCCUUAUGAUGGGCAGAUAGUGGGGUUUGCAGGAGAAAGAGUUGAUACAAGGGGAUAUGUGGAGUUGAGGACAAGGUUGGGGACCGGUCGCUCCGGCGAGGAAAAGAGGAUUCAGUAUCUGCUAGUAGAGGCAAACACCUCGUACAACAUACUGCUCGGGAGGCCGUGCUUAAACGCGUUUGGAGCGAUCGUCUCAACACCCCACCUCGCGAUGAAGUACCCUUGUGAGAAGGGAACUAUAUGCACGGUCCGGGCGGACCAGAGGACGGCACGGGAGUGCUACGCGGCGGGGUUGAAGCUACACGUCCGACCAGUAAAGAGGCGGGCGGCCGGCUCUGAGGUGGCCAUGGCAGACCUCGACCCAAGAACGAAUACCGAGGACCGUCUGGAGCCUAUUGGAGAAACCCAACCUAUCUUGAUAGGAAGGGAACCCACUCAGACCACCCUCAUCGCCAGGGAGCUGAACCCUGAGAUGGAAAGGGAGUUGAGGGCACUCCUAUGGAAGAACCGGGAUUUAUUUGCGUGGACGGCAGCUGAUAUGCCAGGCAUCCAUCCCGCAGUGAUGUGCCAUAAGCUCUCGCUUUUCCAAAACGCCCGUCCGGUCGCCCAGAAAAAGCGAAGAGUGGGCGAGGAGAAACGAAAGGCUGUGGAGGAGGAAGUAGAGAAGUUGAAGAAAGCUGGUUUUGUUCGAGCGGUCACGUACACCACGUGGCUAGCUAACGUGGUUAUGGUGAAAAAGGCCAGUGGAAAAUGGCGUAUGUGCACUGACUACACGGACCUGAACAAAGCCUGCCCGAAAGAUUCACACCCCCUACCCAGUAUAGACGCCCUGGUGGACGGCGCCUCUGGACAUCGAGUACUAAGUUUCUUGGAUGCAUAUUCCGGAUACAACCAAUACCCUGUAUGGGCCCGGAUUCGACAAGAACGGCAUUCAUAA